GUGUGUCUGUCCAAGUGCCCCGCCCUGAAUCUCCCGCGCAUGCUCAUUGUGCGCUCCCUGUCAGUGAGAACCCUGUGUCAGUAUGGCGGCGGGCUGCUGUAGAAAGGAUGCUGUUGUUGGUGAUGAUGUCUCUCCUGUCAGUAGAAUAUGAACACGAUAGCAACGAAAAGAUAGCAAACAGGGCCUCUCGUCGUGAUCUCUUGGAGCACUGAUAUGACUAGGCUUGCCGAUUACUUUGUGCUGGUCGGGUACGACGUCGAUAAAAGCGGGAGUAGUGAUGGUCAAGGCCGGAUUCUCCAGCGCUUUCCUGAGAAAGACUGGGAGGAUAACCCUUUUCCCCAGGGAAUUGAACUAUUUUGUCAGCCCAGUGGAUGGCAGCUGUUCACCGAGAGGCAACCACCAACUUUUUUUGUAGCAGUUUUGACCGAUAUUAACUCUGAGCGCCAUUACUGUGCCUGUUUCACUUUCUGGGAAGCAGUAGAAGACUCGCAGCCCCUGAAGAGCCUCUCCGGUGAAGAUGAUGAGGAUUCUGGUAUUAUCCAGCCAGCCCAGAUGUUUGCUCCAAAGAGCUUGGUGUUGGUAUCUCAGCUGGACCACACAGAAGUCUUCAGGAACUGUCUGGGCCUGAUCUACACAGUACACGUAGAGGGUCUGAAAGUGCCAUUGGAGACAUUGAUUGGAAACCUACUGACAUGCUUCAUCCCCAUUGCUGGAGGAUCCCAGAGAACCAUAACAUUGGGGGCAGGUGAUCGGCAAGUGAUCCAGACACCCAUUAACGAUUCACUGCCUGUAAGUGGCUGUAGUGUUGCGCUACUCUUUAGACAGUUAGGAAUCAUAAAUGUGCUCUACCUGUUCUGUGCUGCUCUUACUGAACACAAGAUCCUUUUUUUGUCCAGUAGUUACCAACGGCUCACAGAUUCAUGUCGAGCUCUUCUAUCCAUCAUGUUUCCACUUAAGUACUGUUUCACGUACAUCCCAAUCCUGCCAGGUAAACUUUUGGAGGUACUCUGCACCCCAACACCAUUCAUCAUUGGAGUCAGUUCCUUCUUUCGUUCAGAGACACAGGAACUGUUGGAUGUAAUUAUAGCAGACCUUGAUGGAGGGACUGUGACCAUUCCAGAGUGUAUCCACAUCUCAUUGCUACCUGAACCUCUAUUACAUCAGACUCAGACUGUACUGUCCAUGAUUUUAGAUCCGGAGUUAGAGGUUGCAGAUCAUGCUUUUCCACCAUCUACUAUGGAACCUUCUUCACUUAAAAUCCAGGAUAAAGAAAUCCGUGCUGUGUUUCUGUGGUUGUUUGCACAGCUAUUUCAGGGUCAUCGCUGGUGUCUGCAUAUCAUUCGCAUCCACCCUGAACCUGUCAUCCGAUUUCAUAAGGCUGCGUUUUUGGGUCAGCGUGCUCUGACUGAAGAUGAUUUUCUCAUGAAGGUAUUGGACGGGAUGGCAUUUUCUGGUUUUGUAUCAGAGAGGGGACCAUCUUACAGAGCAAUUGAUCUUUUUGAUGAACUUAUAGCCACUGAAGUUGAGCGAAUCAGAUUGGAGGAGGGAAAUCCACACAAAGUAAUGAAGCACGUCAAGGAGCUGGCUGAACAACUCUUCAAAAACGAGAACCCUUACCCAGCCGUUGCCAUGCACAAGGUACAAAGGCCAACAGAGGGCUCCCACUUGCGGUUACAUCAGACAACCUUCCCCCACCUUGAUGAGGUGACAGUUCAGCUGUUCAUUGACCAUGCCGCCGCCAAACAAAAAAACGAAAUACCUGCUGUUAAAUCAGAGAAGAAAUGUAUGGUGCCAUCCGGCCCUCCCCCUGAUGCCAUCAUUGACAGCAAUGUCCUAGCUAACAGUGCUCGGAGAUUAGAAGUGAUCAGGAACUGUAUUACUUACAUCUUUGAAAACAAAACAGUAGAAGCUAAAAAGUUGUUGCCUGCAGUUCUGAGGGCACUAAAGGGACGUGCAGCCCGACAAUGCCUGACCCAAGAGCUGAACCUCCAUGUACAACAGAACCGGGCUGUACUGGACGAUCAGCAGUUUGACUACAUUAUCCGGAUGUUGAACUGUACCCUCCAGGACUGUUCUCAUAUGGAUGAACAUGGAAUAGCAGCAGCACUUCUACCCCUCGUUACAGCCUUCUGCAGAAAACUUGGAGCUGGGGUCACUCAGUUUGCCUAUAGCUGUGUUCAGGAUCACAGUGUCUGGACCAACAUGCAGUUUUGGGAGGCUAUGUUUUACAGCGACGUCCAGAAUCACAUUCGUGCACUCUAUCUUGAAGGCAAUGAAAAUGGGGAACAUCACCAGGAACAUGAGUCUGUACCAGAAGACAAGUCUGCACUAGAGAUUGCUUCUGAACAGAGGAGACAGUGGCCAAUGCUGAGCAAAGACAAGCAGCAGGAACUGAUUCAAAAGGAAGAAAGCACUGUGUUUAGUCAGGCUAUUCACUACGCCAAUCGCAUGAGUUACCUGCUGCUCCCCCUGGACACCAGCAAGAACAGGCUUCUGCGGAGCUCUGGGUUGGGGGACUUUGAGAGUGUCAGUAACAGCUAUGUCACCAACAGCAUUGCAGGUAGCAUGGCUGAAAGCUACGACACUGAAAGUGGUUUUGAAGAUGCCGAAAGUUCUGAUGUUGCCAACUCUGUGGUCCGGUUCAUCAACAGAUUUGUGGAUAAAGUUUGCACUGAAAGUGGUGUGACCAAUGAGCACCUGAAGGCUCUUCACUUGAUGAUACCAGAUAUCGUACAGAUGCACAUUGAGACGCUGGAUGCUGUUCAUAGGGAAAGUAAGAGACUGCCAGCUAUACAAAAGCCGAAGCUGCUGCUUCCGGCACUGCUGGUGGGUGAGGAGCUGGUGAUGGAGGGGUUGAGGGUAUACCUCAUUUCAGAUGGCCGAGAUGAGGCAACAGGUGGAGUAAUGGGGGGACCACCCUUGCUUCCUGCAGAGGGAGCGAUCUUCCUUACCACUUACAGACUCAUCUUUAGAGGGACUCCCACUGACCCCUUGGUGGGUGAGCAGGUGGUAAUUCGGUCAUUCCCCAUUGCAUCCCUGACAAAGGAGAAGAAGAUUUCUGUUAGUGUGCAGAUGGACCAGUUCAUCCAGGAAGGGCUGCAGUUACGAUCGUGCACAUUCCAGUUAAUGAAGAUUGCUUUUGAUGAGGAGGUAGCAUCUGACCUGGCAGAAGUGUUCAAGAAACACCUCCACAAACUGCGUUACCCACAGCAUGUUCACGGGACUUUUGCUUUCACUGUUGGACAGUCGUUUAAACUGGUGGUUGAACACAAGCAUAAGGAGAAGAACCAGUCCUUAAAAACCCUUUCCAAGAACCUUGUGAAAAAUGCUAAGAGAACGAUGAGCCGUCAGCAUGUGACACGAAAGAAGUACACGCCCCCAACGUGGGAAAACAGGAGCAGCCUUCAGUCUCAGGUUGAUGAGGAUGACAUUUCAGAAGAAGUGGACCAGAGCUCCUUGACCCUGUCUUCCACCAUAAAAUCCUCUGAUAGGCAAACAAUGAGCAACGUGGUGGAGCGGGCAUGUUGCAAGGACUAUCAGCGGCUUGGCCUGGGCACUCUGAGUAACAGCCUGACGAGAUCAAAACAUGAACCUUUCAGGAUAUCCACUAUAAACCGCAUGUAUGCGGUUUGUCGGAGCUAUCCAGGCUUGUUGAUUGUGCCCCAGAGCAUCCCAGACUCCACUAUUCAGCGGAUAUCACGCUGCUACCGACAGAACCGCUUCCCUGUGGUUUGCUGGAGGAACUCCCGGACCAAGGCUGUUCUGCUCAGGUCGGCCGGGCUGCAUGGCAAGGGAGUAGUAGGAUUCUUCAAGUCCCCUAAUGCACCAACAGCAGGACCCUCUCAGACAGACUCCACCAGUCUGGAGCAGGAAAAGUACCUGCAAGCCAUCAUCAAUUCCAUGCCUUCCUACUCAGAUGCAAGCGGGAGGAACACACUGAGUGGCUUCACCUCUGCACACAUGAGCAGCUCAGAUUCUUCAGAUAAGCAGAGACAGCCAAAGAUUGGAGCCCUUAUGAAACAGGUGAUGGGCAGCAAAGAAGAGCCUCCAGGUACCUUUAGCAGGGGAGCCUCUGUGCUAGGUCACAGAGCUAGGGUCACCUCUCUAUCACAACAUAGAACAUCUGUGAAGGCAAGAAACCUUCCGAGAGGGAAAUGGGGCAGUAUUCGUGGCAGUGGGCGGAUGAGCAGCUAUAGCCCAGACAUUGGAACCAGACUAGCAGGAAAAGAUACAUCAUCCCCACAAUCCAAUGGAGGGCCGUCCGAGGCACACUUCGUCCAACAGCAGAGGGCUUACCUAUACAUCAUAGGAGACAAGUCACAGCUAAAGGGUACAAAACAGGACCCUCUUCAGCAGUGGGAAGUGGUACCUAUUGAAGUUUUUGAUGUGCGGCAUGUGAAAACUAGCUUCAAAAAGCUGAUGAAGGCUUGUAUUCCUAGCUCCACAUCCACUGAUCCCAACAUGACCUAUUACCGGUGCCUUGAGGAGUCAGAUUGGCUGUGUCUAAUCCACAAGGUUCUUCAGGUUUCAGUGUUGGUGGUGGGGCUGUUGGACUCUGGCUCUUCAGUUAUGGUCAGCCUGGAAGAUGGAUGGGACAUCAGCACACAGGUGGUCUCCCUCGUUCAGCUGCUGUCAGACCCUUACUACAGAACAAUGGAUGGUUUCCGGUUGCUAGUGGAGAAGGAGUGGCUAUCUUUUGGUCACCGUUUCAGCCAUCGUGGUGCACAGACUUUGGCCAGCCAAAGCAGUGGCUUCACUCCUGUAUUUCUGCAAUUCCUGGACUGUGUUCAUCAGAUCCACCUUCAAUUCCCCAUGGAGUUUGAGUUCAGUCAGUACUACCUGAAGUUCCUGGCCUACCACUAUGUUUCCAACCGUUUCAGAACCUUCCUGCUAGAUUCGGAUUAUGAGAGGAUUGAACUUGGUGUGAUGUAUGAAGAGAAAGGUGAAAGAAAAAGCCAGCAGAUGUACAAGUCUGUUUGGGAUUACAUCGACCGGCUGAAUAAGAAAACCCCCAUCUUCUUUAACUACAUGUUUGCUCCAGAGGAUGGAGAGGUGUUGAAGCCAUACAGUUUCAUCUCAAACCUGAAAGUGUGGGAUUUCUACACAAACGAGACCCUGUCAGAAGGCCCCUCCUAUGACUGGGAGUUGGUGUACGGAAGACAGGAGCAAAUGGACGAGAGCGACCGCCAGGACACAUCUGCCCCCAAAUCUAAGCGCAAAAUCAUCUUGCCCUGCUACGACAACAGGAGCAAAGUGGAGCCGGACGCCAUCACUAAACUCUUCCAGGAGAUGCAGUCUCUGGAGAUGGAACUGGGACAGGUUUCUGAGAAGUGGAAGGAUACAUGGGAUAAGAUCAAAGCCACGCAAAGAACAGAGUCAAAACUGGAAAGCAGGCACUCGCUGUCCAGCUCUCUGCUAAUGUCUUCAAACCUGAGCCACCACCGGCGGUCACAGGGCAUGUAUGUGAAGGAGAGCAGGGUUGGCUCCACCCUCAACCUGUCUAUGGACAGCGAGAGCAGUGUCACUGCCACACCUUCCAGCGGCAUGGGGCGUGGCCAGCAGAGCACCAGCACCCUUUACAGCCAGUUCCAGACCUCUGAGAGCGAGCACAGGUCGUUUGAGGGAAUACUCUACAAGAAGGGUGCUUUGUUAAAGCCAUGGAAACCCCGCUGGUUUGUGUUGGACAAAACUAAGCAUCAGCUGAGGUACUACGAUGCCAGGCAGGAUAAAGACUGUAAGGGCGUGAUUGAUCUUGCUGAAGUGGAGUCUGUUAUCCAAGGGACACCCACCAUGGGAGCCCCAAAAAAUAUUGAUGAAAAAGCCUUCUUUGAUCUGAAGACAACAAAAAGGUUUUACAACUUCUGUGCACAAGACAGUCAGAAUGCCCAGCUGUGGAUGGACAGUGUUCAGAGCUGCUUGUCUGAUGCGUGACAUCUUCAAAGAAAGCAAAAUCAGCCUGGGUUAUAUGGAGACAUUUUCACCUAGUUUGGGGCAAAUUGGAGGGGAGUUGUGUGAACUAAAGACAUGAGAUCACUCCAGUCUCUAAUUGCAGAGGUCCCACGAAAGCAUGAGUGGAAGGUUGAUUGGGUGACCUUGUUCAGUAUUGGUGACAUUGUGAACUGAUGAUGUCAUGUCAACAUGUUUUUGUCCUUUUUUUUUUUUCUAUGGCUACAGCAGUUGUCGUACUGUUUUCGCAACAGCUCUGGUGAGUUACUGCUACCAUAAACCACACUUAGUUUACCACUGUUGGGGCUACUCUUGAAUUCAUGACCAAUAACGUAUACCUUGUUUCAGGUAAAAUGCAGCUCUCUCCAGACUAUGGUCCCAAACUGGCAUUCCUUAGUAGUUUCUCAGUGAAUAGUUCAGAAUUAUUUUAUUCCAGCCUGACUUGUGCACUAUAGGCCUUUACGUGCUGACCUGGACAGCAUGAGGUUUCCUGGAGCAGCCAGGUUCUCUUCUUGUAUGAAGAAAUAAUGAGAUAAAUAAAUAAUAUAUAUCACACACACAUUCAUACAUACUGUCUUCCAAAGCAUAAAAUGAAGUAGGCAGUGUUUUGGUUGGGGUUAACUUCCCCAAAGACAUUGGUCAAGUCAAGCCUCUAUUUGAUUAAAUUCAGUCUGUCUGUAAAUUCAUAAUUUCCUGUUGAGGCCCUAUAAGAUUCACCUGGCCAAGGCUCCAGUUUAUUUACUGUAUAUAAACCCACGCAGAGAUACCGCAAACAUUUUUUUCAAAUUUGGUUGGACAAAAGCACUUGGAACUGAACUUGAAUCACCUGACUUUAAUGCACUAACAACUAGGCAGCACUGCUGUGGAAACAGAAUUAAACUAACAAUAAUUGAUUGCUUUUUAACCCUAUAUACUGUGUUUUUAAAUGUUACUUUUUGUUUUAAUCUGGUCUAUCAAGGCAGUAAUUUUACAGCCAUUUUGUAGUCUGAGGCAGUGGUACUGAGAGGCAUUAAUAACCAGUGAGAUUUUAGGUGGCCAUAAAGAACUAUAAGCGAAUCAAUUUGUUCUGUGUUUUAAAUUUACAAUAUUGAUACAAUUUUUCAUCUGUAUUGGCCAUAUUUGCUAUUUACAUGGAAAACCCUGACAACCUAAGGUAAAAAAGUUCAAGAAUGCCAGUUUGGGUUUGUGAGUAUUUUAGUGUUUGUGAACAUCCACCCAGGGAAAGAGAGAAUGCCAAGUAAAAAAUGAAUAAUUACAAGAGCAGCUACCAACAAUAUUUAAAGCUCUUCCUUUUUUGUUGCUGUUACGAAACCACUAUUAAUGUUUAAAAUGUAAGGGAUGCAUAAGGAGAACGAGGGAUAUAUUAUGUUGUGAUUAUUAACUUAUGCAAAAUACAGUUAAUAAAUGAAGCAAAGAAACAGGGAAAAGGGGAAGCACAGAAUAGCCGUGGAUGCUAGUGUUGUUUACAGAACACAGCUGUGAGAGGUUUUAACUUGCUGUUUCAGUUAAUGUUCUUGACAUCUUUGAAUUACUGCAUGCAAAUACCACCACUGUCUAUUGUGUUCCCACGUGUCUUUUUGUAAGAACAGUUUUCAGUUAACCAUCACGGUCUGACUUAAAACUAUAUAUCUGAUCAAAGUGGGUUUUUUAAAGGGACCUUUUUUAUUAAAAUGGAUUGGCUGCUACUAAAUAUCAGGUUUUGUUAUUUUGUUGUACAUGAUGUCCCAUUCCCAACAUUGCUCCUGUUAAAUUGGCUGUAGCUACAAAAUGUUCCAUUCACCAUAUUGUCUCCAAAAGUGUAGUUUUGAAAGAAGCACACGUUUAUAUCAUCUCUGAAAGCCUUGGUUUUAGGUUUUUUGGGGUUGUUUUUAAUCAUGAGAGAAUGAAAUAAUCUAACCAGCUGCUCCCUCUGUUGACAGGCAUGCUUUGCACUAAGUAACAUGCUUUUACCACAAAGACACUGGUGAGGUGAAAUGACCUAGGAAGUGAAACCAUAAAAGAAAAUGGAACUAACCUUGUGCAGUGCCAGUUGCUAUGUUUUGAAAUAAAAAUAAAGGCUUGCAUUGACGUGUUUCUUUCAAAACUGCACAAGCUACAAUCCUUUGAGUGCUUCUGAAGUAAUGUCUAUACAUUACAGCCACUGCAGUUGGAAAAAAAAAAGAAAAAGUAGAUCUAUGUGUGGUAUCUGCAUGUUUAACAGCAUGCUUGAGAUUUCAGUGAACAAUGUGACAGGCUUCAAUCUUGCUGAAAUAGAAAUUCAACUUGCGCUAUCGUCCAAAAAUGUGGUGGUGGUCAAUUGAAACAUCCCACUGUGAAAGGGAAGUGGAAUUUACUGUACCUUUUGUGUUCCUAAAUCCUCUUCUAUUUUAAUGCAUUUGAACAAGCAUGCAUGCUCAUGUUGAGAUCCUGUAACCACACAGUGAAUCAUUGUUUACUUUUAGUUUCACCCAACUGGCUUCCUGGUGCAACAGAACAGACAGAGCAGUACAGAGUCAUGUACAGCUCUGGCCAAAAGUUUAGCAUCACCUAGAAUUGUAGGAUUUAGACAUUAAUUUAAAAUGAUAUGUAUAAAACACACACAGAAACAGUGCUCCCUCUCUAUAAGGCUCUCAAUUAUAACAUGCCUUGGACAUAACGCUCCUACAGCAUGUCCAUCAAUUCCCUAUACUAGUGAUUCAUGCAAUAUUUCUACAGUAAAUACAGUACCGGCGUUCAAACUGUAAACAACUUCUCAGUCUAACUUCCGUUUCUGUCUCUCCCUUUUGAUACAGUAUCUGAACUGAAGAAAAGCUGCUCUGACACUUUAUAACACAGGCAUCUUAUUCAACGUUUGUUUUAUAACUAAAUAAAUAUUAGGCCUAUUACGUGGUUAUCUUUCCUAAUGUAUUUACUUUUUUGCUGCGAGAGGAGCUGCGGCUUUCUCUGGGAGACGAGACGCUUCAGCCCCGCUCAGGCAGCUGAACCUGGGGCGAGCCCAUUCCCUCGUCCCCUGUCUUUUUUUUUUUUUUAAAUAUAGAGUUGAUUACAUGGUGCUUUAUGCGUGGUUAAUUCAUUAGCAACACAUUUUUGCUUCACAAUACGUGCAUUAUAGAGAGGGAGUAAUUUUAUUUAGUAUUUUAGUCAGAUGUGUGUUGUGUCCCGCGGCGCCACCCACCCCCUCCCCUGGUUAUAACGCUCCUAUUGUGUGUCCCCCGAGACCCGCGUUAUAGCGAGAGAGCACUGUAUAUAUAUUAUAUAAACAUAAUUUAGAUAUUUUAUUUAACGUCAUGGGGGGGGGGGGGGUAAUGUGGGUCAUUGACUAGGAAUUAUUAAUGAAAUAAACAAAAAAUGAACAAACAUAGCUUUACUCUACUGCCAUGGAGAUGUUCUGGACAGGCAGCUUCCACAGAGUAUGCGUGCGGCCUUUUAACAGUACUGUUGGUCUCUCUCACAGCUGUGGCUUCAUUAAUAAGCAGUGUUGUAAAGCUUGUAUAUAGUUUAAUCUAUGUUGUCUUCAUGCAAAGCUUUUUAGAUAGAUAUACAUGUACAGUAUAAUGAUAGAGUAUAAUGAUACAGAACAGGCACUCGUUACAUAUACAGCUGUAUAUAAGUAUUGUCACAUUUCCCGGUUUUCCUCCUAGAAAAGUGUGAUUUAUUCCUGCUUUAUCAGAACUGCAGGUUUAUAGGAGGUGGUCUUAAACUUUAAGAUGCCUGUUGUGGUUGUUAAACCAGAUGGCAUUUGUAUUAGAAAAGACAGUAGUAUCAUGUUUGUUUGUUUGUUUGUUUUGGCAGGCGAUAUGAUCAACUGUUUUAGAAUAAUGAGUAAUGUUUAUCAGAUGAUUUAUUAACACAUAUUGUAAAACCUUGCCCCGCUGAGAUGCAUUACUUGAGAGAAUUUUAUUUAAUUAUAAUAUUAUAUUAUAAUUAAAAAAAAAAAAAAACCCUUUUCACUUCCAAUUUGAAAAUGGAUAGAAUACUGACCUUGAAGCAGUAUGGUUACAUCUACCUCUGCUGUUGCCCACAGUGCUACAGUUUGAUAGUAUUCUGCAGCUUUAAAAUCUUUGUUUUCCAGACACUUGAUUAAUGUGAUUUACUGUGAAUAUGUAGACCUUUAGAAUCUGAUGUGGAUGUCCCACUGGCCCCAGACUGUUCUUUUGCUUGUGAAUGCUCCCUUCAGCAUUUGAGAAAAAACCCAAGUACAAUACUUAAUGUUUUUAAUGUUUUCACAAACUGUUUGUGUAUUGUUAUAUCAACCAAACUUACUGUACGAUAUUGUCACACUGAUUCCACUUCGUUAUUUAAUUGUAGACCCUACAACUGAACAGGGUGAAUAACACUUGCUCGCUAUAUUGAGGUAUUGAGGGUUGGAUCUUGGAGUAAAUGUGAUCUAAACCUUUAAGUAGUACUUGGGAAUUUGAAUAUACAGCUUUAGUGAAACAUUUCUGGAGGAACACAGCGGUGUCGUUCUUGCAGGUAUUCUAACUCUGAUCUUAAUUCCAGAUUUAAAAGUAAGAUUAUAAUUUCUCCAUGAUCACACUGCCUGUGAAUGGCCAUCAAAUGCAGCACACAUGGCAUGAAUUACUAGACAAACCAGUAUCCCUCAUUAUUUUGGUGACCUUGUUGAGAUGUAAGCUUUGUUUUUAAACCACUUUGGUGUUAUUUAGUUAAGUUUAGUAACGUGUACAUCUUGAGAAAAUAGAUGUUAAUAAAACUCUGAAAUUAAAAAAGCAAAUCAUAUUUUGUUCAUAUUUACUUAUACACCAUUGUGUAACUAGAAUAACUAUAAUUGCAAAAAAAUACAAAAGCAAAGCAUUUUUUGAUAGUUUUCAAAAAUCAGCAGUGUAGUGGUUAAAGGUUUGGUGGUCGAGUCAAGUUUCUGUUCUUGGGACAUUUACAAGUAGGAUUUUGGCAGAGAAUGAGUAAACACCUUUCUUUUGAGGAAAUUACUGGAAAAUGGGGCAAAUAAUCGGAAUCUCCUGUGAACACUUAUACAGCAACACACCUGUCGGGUCAUAGAAGAGUAAUCCUAAAGUCUCGUCAAACCUGCAUUUAAAUAUAGCUGUUCAUCUAAUAUCUAUCACUGUAUAUACUAUAAAAUGUUAAUGUAACAUAUGGUAGUAAUUUAUUUUAACAUGUGUAAGUUGCCCUUGAAAUAUAUCUUUUUUUUUUAUUAGUUGAAAACAUCUAAUAUGUGCCAUUGUUUACUUCUGCAUGACAGUGCUACUUUCUUUGAGCCCACUUAUUUCCUGUUAAAAUGGUAGUACAAUUAUGGUAAUUUCUUGGGGAAUAAUUUACCUGGUGUAACAUUGCAGUUGCUUUUUAAAAGGCUGCUUAGUUCUGUAUAGCUUAUACAAUACCAUGAACACACAUUUUUACCAAUUGUCAGCUAUGCAAAUUUCCAUACUACUAUGCGAACAAGUAAAUUAUUCCUUUGGGUGGGGGUGGAAUGUGCAAUGUGUUCUAUUCCAAACAGUUUUUUUUUUUUUUUUUGAUGUUUUUUUUUUUUAAUAUAAUAAUCUUGGCUAGAUAACUGUAUCAAGCAUGUUAUUAAAUAUUAAAAACCAAACAUUCUGGGCUUGAAACUACAUGGAAUUGUGUGUGCAUUUCUUUGAAAAUCCAACACUGUUGGUUUAUUUCUUUUGGAAUUAUAAAUUAAAACUGAGAUCAAAUGAUUUUUUUAAAAAAUCUGACAAGGUAUAAACCUCACUAAAUUGAAGCCAAAAAUAAUUGUUGCUAAUUUCAUGUUCAGAAAAUGAAAUAAUCCAUGUUUUGAUUUUAAAACCAGAAAUGUUCAUAUCUCAAAUCUCUUAUUUUAAGCACAGAUAUAUCUAGCAUGGGAUACAUUUUUGUUAUUCCACGCCAGUUAGGAGGAUGUCCUUCAUAAACAAUUUGCCCCAAUCAUUGCUAGUGAUUUUACUGGGACAUCCUCCUGCGGUGAAUAAAAACCAUAUACCACGAACAAUCAUUCAGUAUCCUCUGUUCCUACUGUAGGCCAGUGGUAUGACCAUGCAUUUCUUUUUAAUUAUAAGACACUGAAACAGUUUCAAUAGUGGUAAUCUUCCUGUAAAGGUAUUUAGUGCUGAAUGAGUUAAUUGAUAAUGAUUGAUUGAAAGAUUUCCAUAUUAAGGCCAUUUACUUGAUCUUGAGCAUUCUCAGAUACUUUAGCAUGUCUGACAUCAGCCUGAACACAAUUCACAAGCCUCGUCACAGGGAAGUCCUACACCAUAACCUCAGUUUAUUCAUUUAUUGGAUUUUACUGCUUUAGAAUAAAGAGGCGGCAUCAAACGUGUAUGUCUUCUGCUAGAUUUCACAGCCAGACUUGAUUGGGGAAGGAUAGUACUACCAAUUUUAUUUUAGAUUUUUCUGUGGUCAAAAUGCUAACAUCAAGUUAUGCAGGGUGUACUUAAAUGCUUUCUGAAUUUUCAAAACCAGAGCUUGGCUAUUUUUGUGUUUUGUUUCUGUGUUUUUAUAGUAGCAGGUGGUUUUAAACAUUUGAUUUCCCAUUAAAUCAGAUUGUCAACUACAAUUGCAUUUUGCUGCGUACAUUUAACUUUCUACAUUUUUUUUAAAAGAUUUCAGUGUUUUAUCAUUUUUUUGUAUAUAGUAAUAAUUGACAGAUUUUUUUUUUUCCUUCUUUGUAUAAUACUUUUGCCUGGCAGACAGUUGGUGUUAUGUUGAGUUUGUAAAAUACCUGAGCAGAAAUGUAGAGUAUUGAAAUCUUAUUAAAGUUCUGUACAUUGUGUCAUACGUACAGAGUCCUUGUAUUGUGCCUAGAGCAACAAAAGAAACUAACUGAAAUGGAAUAAAAUAUAUAUAUAAAGAGA